GCUGCUCGCGUCUGUCAGAGAGAUUUCGCCUUUAAAGGCGCAUUAAAACAGCGGCUGAAGUGCAGAACCCGAGCAAAGCAGCAGGAGCAGCAGCACAACAUCACCACAAACAACAACAACAACAUCUCUGACAGAGAGAAAUAAACACAGAAACGCGCGCGCCAGGGUUCUCAGCCAGCUGUUUGUCCAGACAGAAGAAACAACGCUGCUCUCGUAUGUGGUCUGACUAGAUAUUUAUGAAGCUUUCAAGGCCUUUUGAUUGAUCUGUUGCUCCAUGGGGAUUCUCCGGUGCUUUCCGUCUGGUUUCUCCUGCCCUUCACCCCUCAGCCUGCCCUCCACCCUCUACAUCACCUCCUCCAUACAAAUCAUGAAACUGGUAUUAACUGAAUGGCAAUUGAUAUGGAUUUUUACUAUUUCCAGUAGACAGUAAACACACACACACACACACACACACACACACACACUUACACAUACACAAGUACACGCACACACACCCACACACACACACACACACACACACACUCUCAUACACAUCACAUCAGCAGGAGUGACCUCAUGGUAGAGUCACAUCCUUGCCAACUGUCCGAACCAACUCACCCGACGCGGCCCGUCCCAGAGCUCCUGCAAGCGGCCUUCAUCAAACAGCACCUUUUGGGAUGUUUUACGCUCCUUGAGAUUUCUUUGACUGAAGGACGUCCACGGGAAGAGGUGUGCUGCUAUUGGUUUGAUUUUUCCUAGAUUUUUUUUUCUUUUCUUUUCUUAUUUUGCGUGUAGCCACACGUGACCUCUGCUCCGAGUGCAUGCCGAUGACGAUGGCCCCACAGAACGGCGAGGCCAUGCAGAUACAGGCCGCUGCGGUGACACCUGUGGAGAAACAGGAUGGAGGAGGCGGGGCUAAUGGAGAGGGCGUGGCUGGAGGGCGGGAUUUGGAGAGUCAGGAGGAGUCCGUCAGCGAGGGAUCGAUCGACCGCAUCCCGCUGCGUCAGUGGAUCAUGCACGGCGCCGUCAUGUUCGGACGAGAGUUCUGCUACGCCAUGGAGACUGCGCUGGUCACACCUGUACUUCUGCAGAUAGGUCUUCCAGAGCAAUACUACAGCCUGACGUGGUUCCUGAGCCCCAUCCUGGGUCUGAUCUUCACGCCUCUGAUCGGCUCGGCCAGUGACCGCUGUACGCUGCGCUGGGGUCGCAGACGGCCCUUCAUCCUGGCCCUGUGUGUGGGCGUCCUGCUGGGCGUCGCACUCUUCCUCAACGGCUCGCUGAUAGGUCUUGCUUUAGGAGACGUGCCAAAUAACCAGCCCAUAGGAAUCGUGAUGACGGUUUUGGGGGUGGUGGUGCUGGAUUUCUGUGCGGAUGCGACGGAGGGUCCCAUACGAGCGUAUCUGCUGGACGUGGCCGACACUGAGGAACAGGACAUGGCCCUCAACAUCCACGCCUUCUCUGCAGGGUUCGGAGGGGCGGUCGGUUACGCCCUUGGUGGUCUUGACUGGACACACACCUUCUUGGGUCGAGCCUUCAAAUCUCAAGAGCAAAUUCUGUUCUUAUUCGCCGCGGUACUGUUCACAAUUUCCGUGGCUCUGCACCUCUUCAGUAUUGAAGAGCAACAGUUCAGCCCUCAACAGGACCGUCUGGAUGAAGAGGCAGAAACCGAAUCCAGUGUUAAAAUCCCACCGCACCAUCCCCAGCUCGAAAAGAUCCAUGAAGAUGAACCCUAUGUGCAUUACGACCUCUACGGGGACCGGCGAUCGGAGCGAGAGCUGGACAUGGAUUUCUUAGAUGUGGACAUCGUUCGAAGUAAAAGCGACUCCGUUUUGGAAAUGGCUGAUGCUACGCUGGACCACCACGACAUGCUGUUUCUGCGUGAAAUCGAGCCGUCUAUCUUCCAAGAUCGCAUUUCUUCGUAUCAUGGGUCACUGCCACGGCGCAGCAGCAGUGCGGAGAGUCAGGAGUUCCUGCGUGGAAAAUUCAGCCGACUGUCUGCAUUUCUGCAGCAGGCCGAAUGUGACGGAGAAGAAGCUCUGCUCAACGGUCAGCUCAACCAAUCCAAAGCAGCCAACGGACAUACGACGGACCUCAACGGCCAUGGGCCGCCCGGAAACAAACCCUCCAGCACCACCGCAUCCAUGCGCCGCAGACGCCACACCUUCUACCGACAGUCCUCCUGCACAUUUUCCUACUACGGCCGGGUCGGAUCCCACCGCUACCGCUACCGGCGAGCCAACGCGGCGUUCCUCAUCAAACCGUCCCGCAGCAUGAACGACAUCUACGAGAUUGAGAAGCGGCAGAAGCAGAGGAACGGACAGAGAUCAAGACACCAGAGCGGGAACACCAACUCCAGCGGGGACACGGAGAGCGAGGAGGGCGAGGCCGAGACCACCGUCCGUCUGCUCUGGAUGUCCAUGCUGAAGAUGCCCAAAGAGCUGUUCAGACUGUGUGUAUGUCAUCUAGUCACAUGGUUCUCCAUCAUCGCAGAGGCCGUGUUUUACACCGACUUCAUGGGACAGGUCAUCUACGAGGGCGACCCUAAGGCCCCGCUGAACUCCACCGCCCUUCAAAACUACCACAGAGGGGUUCAGAUGGGCUGCUGGGGGCUGGUGAUUUACGCCACCACCGCCGCCAUCUGUUCAGCUAUACUGCAGAAGUAUCUGGAUAACUUUGACCUCAGGAUAAAGGUCAUCUACAUCCUGGGCACUCUGGGCUUCUCCAUCGGUACGGCUGUCAUGGCGAUCUUCCCCAACGUCUACGUCUCCAUGGUGAUGAUCAGCAGCAUGGGCAUCAUCUCGAUGAGCAUCUCGUACUGUCCAUACGCUCUGCUGGGCCAGUAUCACGAUAAUAAAGAGUACGUCCAGCACAGCCCCGGCAACUCCAAGCGAGGUUUCGGCAUCGACUGCGCCAUCCUGUCGUGUCAGGUGUACAUCUCUCAGAUCCUGGUGGCGUCUGCGCUGGGUGCCGUGGUGGAUGCGGUGGGCAGCGUGCGGGUCAUUCCCAUGGUGGCGUCCGGCGGAUCCUUCCUGGGCUUCCUGGCCGCCAGCUUCCUGGUCAUCUACCCGGGCUCCAGCGGAGAGGCCGACGGGGCGAAGACUGAGCAGACCAGGGCGCUGACGCCCCCCAAUAACAACAGCGUGUCCGAGAAGCCCAGCUUCCUCAAGCUCACACGCAAAGGGGCCGCUACAACCACCUGCAAAGUGGAGUGUGAAUCCACGCUGUGAAUGCGAUCAUCUAACAUUCCCAACGCGUUUCUACACACAUUUCACCAAGCAGGAAGACGGAAGACUGUUUUCUUUCUUUAUUUUCCCGUGUUUGGCCUGGUGUUGUGUGUCUCAGGGCUGCAUCUCAGGGCCACCAGGGGGCGACUCUGGGCUGAACUCUUCAGGGGAGAGCUCUCUCGCUCUCAAACACAUGCACUUCCCUCGCACACUUCCAUUCAAAUCUAAUGGAAAGAAUCUUUAAUAUACGUUCAUGGCUCAUAACUUUGCCUAGUUUUUUAAACCGAGGACAUUAUGAUUACCAAAAGUUGCCCUGUGCAAUAAUAACAGCCGUUUCAUUAUGAUGGCUUUAUUUUAGUCGUGUCAUGCGGGUGAAAGGGUGAAUCUCACAAAUAAAUUUCAUAUCUCACAGAACAUAAAAUAAAUUUGCAGAAAAUGAGGGAUAUUUUGGGGACUUUUUCAAUUUUGACAUUAUGUUCAUGACAAUCCAUAGCCGACAAAUUAUUAUUAUUUUAUUUUUUACAUUUAAAUAAAAAAAAUAUCAGCUGGAAAUUUUAAUUUCAAUGCCUAUAAAUAAAGUCUGUAAUCAUAAACAUUAGGAAAUUAAAUGUCACACACACUAUUUUUUCAUUUAAAUUUGCAUAAAUUAAAAGCAGUAUAACAAUACCACCAUAUGUGGAUAUUUACUACCAUAUAUUCACAUUGUACUUCACAAACUUUAUAAAAUAUAAUAUUAUGUAGAUAUAUUUGAACAUGUAUAUAUUUGAAAUAUAUAUAUUUUAUUGCAUUACAGUUGGGAAUAAAUGUUUAAUUGUCAUGAAAAUAAUGACAAUUAUUGUCAUUAAAUGGUUCCUUUUUGUUCAUGAAAAAUAUAGUUUCUUAUGUCUUUAAAAAUGCAACUGCAAAAUGACAAAUGUAAUUUUUAUGUGUCAAGAAAAAAACUGAAAUUCUGUUUUAAUUGGCAGAAAAUGAAGGAUUUUUUUUUUUAUGUAAACCGUUAUUAUUUUCAUGACAAUCCAUUGCUAUAAAUGUUUUUUUUUUCUGAAGCAAAUAUAUUAAAACAUAUAUGUAUAUAUAUUUAAAUAUUUAAAUAGAUAUUUAGUCUUUCAAAUUAUAUCAAAUAUAUUAUUAGUUUGAUAUGUAUACAUAUUUUCUUGCCAUUUAGUUGUGGAUUAAUUUUUAAUUGUCAUGAAAAUAAUGCCCAUAUAAUGCAAAGCAUAAUUCCUUUGAAGGUAAUAAAUGAGAGACAUUUCCAUGAGAUUCACCCAGAUGAGCGUGACUUCUCCUCUCUUCAUUGACGUACUGAAUCUGCUGAGGUCGAUGAGUGUGAGAAGUGCGUCUCCUCAAAGUUUUCAUAUUUCUGUUCGUUCACGUGUUUCCUAAGACAAGGGUGAAAGCCAGUGCUGAGAACCAGUAAUAAUCUCAAUGCUGCGUCUGAGUUUUCACACAGAUACCAAACCUUUCUGACACUCACAGACUUCCAAGUUGCAUUGGUUUUCUUCAGCGGUGUAACUGCAUUCGUGACUUCAGAGGUGGACGCCUCGACCUCAGGCACUUUCUGGCAGAUCUUUGGGGUUGUUCUCUCUCUGAGCGAGAGGGAUUGGGUUCUUGACACCCGCGCUAGCGCUCUGUUUACAUUAGCACCUGGUUUCUGCCUGUUUUUGGUGGCGAGAUGUGAUCUCGUCUGCCUGAACAGGCUCAUCUCCGCCAUCUUGGCUCAAACGUGGGCCUUUUCUAGGCCUCAGCUGCACUCGACGGUUUCCUGACACGGAGGAUGAUUGUGCCCAACCGUGAUUGAUUGAGAUUUUUGUUUUUCACUCCAUCUGAUCUGAAGUGGAUUUUCAAGACCUCUUUUGAGGUCUGGUGACUUCUGACCAGACUGUAAGCUGGACAUUGACCGGACGCAAUUCUACUUCCUGUCCUGCCGGCUGGAGAGUUUACCAGGCCAGUUAGAAGACGUUCUGUUGAGGCACAUUUGUACUGGUUUGAACCUGCAUAGAGUAUUAAAAUAUUAAGAUAAGCUGAUAUAUAUAUAUAUAUAUAUAUAUAUAUAUUUCCUGAAAUGUUUAUUGUAGUUAAACCAAACUUGAAGGAGAAAACCAUCAAGUUUCUGACAAAUCAAGCAGCGCUGCAUUAGCUGUCGGUAUUACCGGCGUGAAUCACAACACACACCAGACUUCUCAUCUGAAUACUUGAAGUGCAAUCUUGGUUGUGUUUGGAUACUUUGGGAUCUGACUGAGGAACGUGGGACUCUCCAAGAGCGUUUUUAACUCCAUCAGGGGAUGAAGUUUCCAGUAUUGAAUGUAUCUUUUUGUUUAGUUUUUUUGAGCAAGAAGAUUCAGCGUUGCACAGAACUUGCACAUACAGAGUUUUAAAAGAGAAAUGAAUCACUGUCUUGCAAUAGAAAAACCUAAACUGUGGUUAUUUAUUUUUUUGAGCACGUUAUCCUUAAAUAUUUAUAGAAUUAUAAAUACAGAGAGAGAUAUAUUUACAGCUUGUGCAGAUGAGUGAGAAGGGGUGUGUGAGAGAGACGUGUGGAAUCACGUUUUUGCAUGAUUGUAUAUGAGCACCGUGUGCAUGUGUGUGUGUGUGUGUGUGUGUGUGUGUGUGUGUGUGUUUCACCUCUCACUGAAUCAAUCUCACAAGAACAUGUCCAAGUCACAUUUCACCCUAAGAUUGGAGGAAGAGAGAAACUAAUAUUUUGCAUAAAAAUAAGUCUUAAAGUUAUUUUGUAUAUUUGUAUUUAUUUAAAAAGAAAUUUUUUUUUUUUUUUUUUUUGCACAUUGCAGUUGUGACGAAAUGUUUAAUAGUCAUGCAAAUAAUGUUGACAAUGUUUAAGCAAAUAAUUAUUUACGCGAAAUAUAAUUUCUUAGUUUUUCUUUAGAAUUUGUGGUGAAAUUACAUAAAUGUCAUAUUUAAUAUCUGAAGAAAAAUGUUAUGAACAAUAUUAUUUUCAUGACAAUCCAUAACUGUAAAGUGAAAGAAGAAAAAAAAACUUAUUAUAGAAAAACGUAGUGAAUUUAAUAUAAAAAAUAUACAUUUAUAUAUAAAGAACAUCAAAUGUAUUUUUUAUCAUAAUAUUUACAAAUUUACAUAUUUACAUAUAUAUGUUUAAUCAGUUAAAAAUUGGAGUCUUUAUAAAUGAUUAAAUAAUAAUAAUUAUAAUAAAGAAUGUAACAGAUAAUUAAAUUAAAUUAUCAGUAUUGAAGUAAAACAACAUCAGUUCUAAUCUGUUUACUUUUUGUAUAAUGCAAAAUAUAAUGAUAAUAUAAUCUUUUGGUUUUGGGGUGAAAUGAUUUGUGAUCUUGUGGCAGGUUUGAUGAGAUUCACUUUAUAACCAUCUUUAGUUUACAAUUCACAUUAAACUUUAGCAGAAGGUCUUAGAGCAAAGACAGAAAUCCUGAGAAGCGUGUCGUCUUCGUAUUUGUCCGUUGUUGUAGAAGCGAUGUCUUCAUGGAGUGACUGGUUUUUCCGUAUAGAAAGCAGAUGUAUGUUAUUUCAGCACAUCAUUAAUGUAUGACGGGAGAGAAAUGUGUUGCAGUGUACUAUAUGCCUUGUCAUUUACAAGAUAUGUAUAUAGUUUCUUUUGCUUCUGUACAAAAGCUCAUUAUUUUGUAUUGGUUUUAUUUUCUAUGAGGACUGUAUAGAAAUCCUGUAUAUAUGCCUGCAGAUGUAGACAAACUGAAAAACACUGUAUUGAAUGCACUUAAACCAAAUACAACAGUCUCACAUCUUU